AUGAGUUUCCUGAACUCCCUAUCGGAAUACGUCACCAAUAGUGUCGCUGGAUUGAACCUGAGUCCAAAACGAUUCUCCUUGACCAGAACGGAAACUACCGACCCCGCCCAUAGCCCCGCCCCCUCGCGCAGCAACUCGGGCGACACGAACACGCCCGGCUUCCCCAAGGUCGUGCCGUCCCCGGGGGCGGUAGCGCCCGCCCAGCGCAGGCGCAGCACGCUCGAGUGCCCCGCCCCACCCGCGCCGGGCAGGCGACCUGGCUCGUUCCGGCAGCGGGCGACCAGGGCGACGCCUGAACGACCGCCCACCUUUUGUUGCCGAAGACAGAGCUGGCCCGAGAUCGACCAUCAAGUUUGCUCGGGGUGA